AUGAGGAAUUUACCUCUCCAGCAGCAGCAAUACCAACAGCGGCACACCACGUGUACUAAUACCAGCAGCGGCACCAACACGCUGCCAACUGCAGCUACCCCCGCCGCCCACCACGUGGUCACUCCCUCCCGUCCACCGCUCUGCCACGCCACUCGCAUCAUCACCACGUCAGGAAACGUUUCUUCCCAUCUGCUUCCACAUGCGAGCGCCACCGGUUCCGGCGGCAGCGGUGGCGGCGGCGAUGGCGGCGGUGAUGGCGGCGGUGGGCGGCGGCAGCUGGGCGUGUGCAAGUACGAGGAGGGGCGGUGGGAGCCGCAGGCGAAGGCGCAGAUGCGGUACCACUCCAAUUACUGCUCGCUGCUGCGGACGGUGGGAGCUGUUAAUUGCCUCAACCCGAAAAGACCGAGAAGCCCUAAGUACCUGCGGUACAAGUGGGUGCCGCCUACGUGCGGGGCGACUUUCGGGUUCAACGCGCGGGAGUUUUUGAACAGAAUGCGCAACAAAGUGGUGGCGUCGGUGGGCGACUCCCUGUCGUAUGAGAACUUCAUGCCCUCCAUCGUCUGCCAGCUGAACGAGGUGGCGCGCGUGGAGACAGCGGACGAGCUGCUGGGGAAGCUGGCGGGGAGGGGUCUGCUGGUACCGACGCACAUCAUGCGCGUGCGCGCGUACAACAUCACGCUCGUCAACGUCUGGAGCACCUUCCUCAACCACUACGUCCAUGAUGACCAGACCCUGCGCAAGUACAACGGGGGGGUGAAGCCAACAGCGGAGGACGCAGUGGUGGAUGUGACGCGGCUGGACAGCACGUGGGCGGAGCACGUGGGGCAGUACGACGUGCUCGUGCUGCAGUCCGCGGCUCACUGGCGCGCCAAGCCCACCAAGUGGCGCCGCUACUUUGUGGACAGCGCGGGGGUGCGGCAAUGGCCCGAGAAGAAAUACACCAAGGCGUUCUUCACGGGGAUGAAGACGGCGGCUGACUUUCUGACAGCGCGCAAGGCCAAGGGCGCCAGCAAGCCGCUCUCUUACUUCCUCUCAGCGCCUGCCGCCAUUGACGGGUGUGGCAAGUACCGAGGCGCGCUGGGACAGAGCCAAGCGGACGCCAUGGUGGCAAAGAACCGCCAGGCAAUGGUGUUCCUACCAGCGCAGCUGCGUGCGUUCCGCAAGGCGCCGGUGCGGAUCAUCCAGCUCACGCGCUCCACCAUCUACCGCCCCGACGCGCUCGUGGGUGCGUCGGGGAACGACGACUGCGUGCACUGGUGCCUGCCCGGUGUGCCCGACUCGUGGACCGACAUGUUCUACGAGCAGCUUCGCGCUGACAUGGGCUUCUAG